AUGCCAUGGGUGUCUCUCGGUGCUUUCAGGGCUGAUUAUUACGAUUACGGUCGUACUCAUCCCUUGUGUGUUCUCGCUAUGGACGGGGGUGGUGUUCGUGGACUGUCUUCUUUUAUCCCCUGGAAAAUUUUUGACAAGUUGGAAGAAAGGUUGGGAGAAAGGAAAAAGCCAUGUAAAAUCUUUAAUAUUAUUGGAGGUACCAGUACUGGAGGCUUGAUCGCCAUUAUGCUUGGUCGCCUUCAAAUGGACGUUAAAGAUUGCAUUACGAAGUACCAAAAAUUGAUAGACAUAGUCUUCAAAAAACGUUCAGGAACUCUGGGAUCGAUUAUGGAUUGGAUUACCAAGAAAGCGAGCUUCAUUUGGAGUGGCCAAAUCUACGACGAUGAGCCCCUCGAAACGGAAACCAAGAAACUCGUAAAGAGCCAACUCGGAAAUGAAAAUGCAAAACUACUUGAGGGGGAGGGCAAUCCGGGCUGCAAAUUAUUCGUUGUGGCUACCCGGAGAGACGCACUCAACAAUCAUGGCCCGGUUUUCCUGCGUUCCUACAAACAUCCUCAUGAUUCUCGGGGCCUCAGCAAUGUCAAGCUUUGGCAAGCUGCUCGUGCAACAUCUGCUGGCCCCGCAUAUUUCUCUUCUGUGAAAGUGGGUGACUACGAAUUGGUUGAUGGAGGCUAUGGACAAAAGUAUUUAGCAUCUAUGGCAUGGGCCGUAGAGGCCAACUGCUUCCUCAGCAUCGGUACUGGCAUUGGCUCCAACCAAGCACUUACCGAUCCUAGGAAAGCACCUGGCCAGGCCAUAUCAGCUAUAACAGCUGCUGCCACCAAUUCUGGGAUUGCCCACCUUCUCUUCAGGACUCUUAUUGAUGCCUUUGCUCCAAAUAGUGGGAAGCCGAAAUACUGGCGUCUCAAUGUCAACAAGCCUAUCCGUAAAGUUAUUUACAUAGAAUUCUCGGAAAUAAAGAAGAGCAUUAAUUAA